GACAGUGGAUUGAAACGUGCAAGUGUCGGCGCAACGGAGAGACGGGGACCCCGCAGCGGGCAGCUGGCGUUGCGCUCCAGCCUCCAGGGAUGGCCGAGAAGUGCAGUGAGGGGCUGCUGGUGAGUGCUGCGAGGCGGGGACCGGGAGCCCCUGCGACAGACCCAGGGCGAGGGAGUGGGACGCCAGGGCUCCUAUGGGGUUUGGGUGCUCCUUGGAGCGGCUGCUGGAGGUCGAUCGCUUGCUGCUCGUGAGGCUCCGGGUGUGGUGUUCCACUGUGCCUGGAGAUGCUGUCGCCCAGCUCAGGCAUUUUGCUGCUUUAUCAGCUGCGCCAGCUCUCUGCAUGAAGGCGGGAAAGCUGUGCAUGCUCUGAGUCCAGCAAAGAGCACCCGCAGCACAUUGUGCCGGGCACACAGUCCUACAGCGGCAGGGAACAGGACUGUCACCCUGAGCAUCCUCCCUGCUGGUCUCCCUGCAGUUUGCACCAUGAGAUAGGAUGUAGGCAGAACCAGGUCUGGCCAGGCACCGAUCCUCCGUCCUCAGCCCUGUGCACACAGCUCUGGUGUCCGGGUGCAGGUGUGUGCUGUGCAAUGGCUCCAUGCCCAUCACUUCUGUCCCUGCCUGGUCAUGAGGACAGGGAACUGAAGCUCCGCUGCCCCAAGCAUCCUGCAUCUGGCAGGUGAGCGCACGCUGGGCUGGGCUUCUGUCUUUUCCCCGAUUGAUGAGAACUGAGCUGCGGUGCCAGCAUGAUCACAGAGCCCUCCCCUUCCCGGGGGGCUUCCCGAAAUAGCUGCACGCUCCAGCCAGAGGGCCCACAGCCAGCACUUCCCUGGGAAGCCGGGAGCCAGAGGAGCGGCGUGCUCCAGCAGGCACUUCCAGCGCACGUGUGUGUGUGGCUCCACGCUGCUUGUCCGGGUGUGGCCCCUCAGCGGGACCCCAGCUCUCCUCCUGUUGGGCCACAGUUAGGAAUAGGGAGGUGCAGAAGACAUGACCAAGCUCAGUCAGGGCCCUGCUGUUCCUUAUUGAGCUGCAUUGGUGCGCCUGCGCAUAGGUGUCAUUUGCCAUGAGCCCCGUGCAUCUGUGCCACUGCUGCAUCCCUUGCCCUCACUGGAGCAGCCCCAGUGAUGCAGCGGGGUGAGCCUGGCACCAGGAGCACCCAGCUGCUCCUGAUCAAUCUUUGACUCACUGCUGGGAAGUCUUUGCCCAGCUCCUCGGGGCCAGGGCGUGCUGGGGACAGAGGGGUGACCACAGGGCAUGGCACACGCUGUGCUGGCAGCCUUGUCCCGCAGAUGCUUGUGGAGCAAGGGGCAUCCCUAACUGGGUGGAUGCAGAGUGCAGUGGCACUGGGAAGAUAGCAGGGAGCGUAGGAGCAUCCCUGCUGCUGGAGCAUCCCUGCGCUGGACCAGCUGUGAGCGCCCUGGGGUGAGGUGCUACAGGACAGGACCUUGGCUGCGGAGCUUUCUGGGUCAUUGGGGAAGGGAGCUAAUCUCCUUGGCCUGCCUCCAGCACUGUGCAAACAGCCUGGCAAAGCGCUGCCCCGGCCCUGCCCUCUAAUCCCUGCCAGCAGGUGCAGCUCCCGUGACUGGACAGGGUGCCACGGCACAAUCCUGCUGUUGUGCCCAUGCCAUGCGCAGCCUCUGCGGCUGGAGGGUGCGUGAUGGGGCUCAGAGUGCCCACCCUGGGGGGGACAGGGUAACAGAGGUGGCUGAAGCUCUCCGUGUCCCAGCUGCAGGAGUGCAGCGGUGCCUCAGUUUCACCACCUGUGGGUUGGGGUCUGCGCUCAGCCGACGGUCCUGGUACGACGGGAGCGCGAUGCUGUUGGGUGGUGGGUGCCCAACAGGCAAUAGGAUGCAGGGCAGCUCCAGCAGCUGGUUCAGACUCUGUGUGGCCGAACAGGGGGGUGACAGCCUCUUCCCGGCUGUCCUUUAAGGACAUUUUGUUUUGUUCUCGCCGGAGCACUUUGUUUGGGCUCCAGCCGUGCCAGUGGCUCCUGACUCACAGUGCAGCUUUGCUGGCACGGCCAGGCAGCGUUUGGGCUGGGGGUGGGGGCACGCGGCUCAGGUGGGCUCCUGCUAUCUCCCGUCCCACACUUGGGGGGGUACGGUUGGCACCGUGCCCCUUGGGGUUAUGGAGCUGGAGGGGCCCUGCCCAGCCCAGACACCCCCAGCAGUGCAGUGCCGCCAGUCCCAAGCAGGGGGGCCAGCAGCGUGUGGAGCCGCGGAAGUGGCUCUUGGCUGCGGGAGCCCUUCCCGGAAUAACAAGGGGCAGCGGUGGGGGGGCCGGUGGGGGAUUUUUCUGCCUGAGCGCCCCAGGAGAAUCGUGUCCGUGCCAUGAGAAUGGGGCCGGAGGAAGGCAGCUCCAAUGCGGAGUGCUCGGCUAAGGGAUGGUGGCACCUGGUUGGUCCCCAGGCGCUGUCCUUGCCCUGGGUGCCUGGCUUGGGGUCGAGGUGACCAAGAGCUAUGGGUUCAGGGGACCCAGAUGCUCCCGUCAGCUGGUACAGUGCUUGGCACUGCUGGCACAGGGCUGCAGGUACCAUCAGGUGUCUGCUCUUGCCAUGCCGUGCCAUGCCUGUGGCUCAGCAUGGGGACGCGUUGGUGACAACCGACUGCGGGAUGUUGUGUGGGGUGAGGGGGACACUGUGACCAGAGAAGGACAUGUGGUGAUGGCACAAAGGUGGCCUGCACGUGGCAUUGCAGCAGAACCAGGGUUGCUCUUGUGGGCACCUUGCAGGGGGUGCCCAGCUGCAUGUGGAGGGCUUGGCAGAGUCGCCACCAGGGCUGGCACCAAGGGGUGUCCCAUGGUUGGUCCCAUGGUCCCAACCAUGUCCCAGGUUGCAGUGUGGGGAGCCGAGCGCCCGCCCCGCACACGUGUGCCCUUCACGUGUGCGCCCACAGCUGCUGCUGCCCGGACCGCAGAUGGUCUCCUGAAAGAGCCCGCCCGUCCCCCUGCCUUCAGCACACCAUCACGCCUUGCUGCCGCCUUGGCUGUGCUCCCCAGCCAUGGCGCAGGGCUGUGAGCAGCUGGGACACCCCGGGCAUCGCCGUGGGGCUCCCCACGAGACGCGGCACCCUGCUGAGGGUCCCGACCCAGCCUGGGCAGUGUGGGGCUGAGGGUUGAGCAGUGGGGCUGUGGGGUGCCUGGGUGGUAGGGGGGCUCGUGGUACAGCCCCCUUGCCAGGCAGAUGGUCCCCCCGCAGGGCGGUGACCUUGUGACGAUGGCUGCGGAGACCCCAUGAUGUUGGAUGACGUCCGGAUGAGGUGGUGUGGGACCAGGCUGGGGCUGUGCCGCCGGGCAGGCUUGUCCCAGUGCCCCGUCCCCAUGUUGGGCUGUGCCAGGUCCCAGGCGUGCCCACACACAUGGGGUUGGGGUGCGAGGCUGAAUGGCAUCCCUGUGAUGGGAAUGGGGCAGGAACGUCUGUGUGGGACUGGGGGCAUGGGAACAAGCCAGCACAUGAGGGACAGCGAGGGGACAUGGCCGGUGCUGAGGUGUGGGAAGGAGCCAGGGGCUGCGUGGGCAGGAUGAAUCCCGCAGGGAGGGCAGCUCUGCCUGCUGGAGCGUGCCUGCUGCAAACAGCUGGACCCCACUAAUGAGGCCUCAUUAAGCAGGAUGUGAGCUGCACGCUGUGCCUCCCCUUCCUGCCCCCCCUGACUGGCGGGGGCACGGCUCGUGGGCAAAGGGGCCGAGCGGGACGUGAUGCCAAGCGCUGGAGGCAGCAGGCAGGGGGACGCAGGCAAGCAGCUGCUGCUGUGCAGGAGCCAGAGGUGCUGAUGAAGAUGGGGUCGCAUGGAGCCGGCCUGCCUGGCCCCCCAGGUGACAGCCAAGGGCAGGGGGGGACCGCCCGUCCCUGCCAGCAGAACGGCGCCGUGCCCGGGGAGCGCAGUAAGCAGGACAAGAGCGUCAAACGUGGCAACUGGGGCAACCAGAUCGAGUUCGUGCUGACCAGCGUGGGCUACGCCGUGGGGCUGGGCAACGUCUGGCGCUUCCCGUACCUCUGCUACCGCAAUGGGGGAGGUGCCUUCAUGUUCCCCUACUUCAUCAUGCUGGUGUUCUGCGGCAUCCCUCUCUUCUUCAUGGAGCUCUCCUUCGGGCAGUUCGCCAGCCAGGGCUGCCUCGGCGUCUGGAGGGUCAGCCCCAUGUUCAAAGGCGUGGGCUACGGGAUGAUGGUGGUGUCCACAUACAUCGGGAUCUACUACAACGUGGUGAUCUGUAUUGCCUUCUACUACUUCUUUGUGUCCAUGACGCGUGUGCUGCCCUGGACGUACUGCAGCAACGCCUGGAACACGCUCGACUGCGUGGGGGUGUUGGAUGGGAACCUCUCCAGCCACGCUGCUGUCAACCUCACCCGCCUCUUCAAUGCCACCCAGAAGCGCACCAGCCCCAGCAAGGAGUACUGGAGGAGGUAUGUGCUCAACCUCUCAGAUGACAUCGGGAACCUGGGUGAGGUUCGGCUGCCCCUCCUGGGCUGCCUUGGAGUCUCCUGGGUCGUCGUCUUCCUCUGCCUCAUCAAGGGCGUCAAGUCCUCAGGGAAGGUGGUGUACUUCACGGCCACUUUCCCCUACGUGGUGCUCACCAUCCUCUUUGUGCGCGGCAUCACGCUGGAAGGGGCCCUCACCGGCAUCAUGUACUACCUGACCCCACAGUGGGACAAGAUCCUCGAUGCCAAGGUGUGGGGUGAUGCAGCCUCGCAGAUCUUCUACUCGCUGGGCUGUGCCUGGGGUGGGCUCAUCACCAUGGCCUCCUACAACAAGUUCCACAAUAACUGCUACCGGGACAGCAUCAUCAUCAGCAUCACCAACUGCGCCACCAGCGUCUACGCCGGCUUUGUCAUCUUCUCCAUCCUGGGCUUCAUGGCCAACCACCUGGGUGUGGACAUCUCCAAGGUGGCCGACCAUGGCCCCGGCUUGGCCUUCGUUGCCUAUCCUGAGGCCCUCACCCUACUGCCUAUCUCUCCACUCUGGUCCAUCCUCUUCUUCUUCAUGCUCAUCCUCCUGGGGCUGGGCACACAGUUCUGCCUGCUGGAGACGUUGGUCACGGCCAUUGUGGAUGAGGUGGGCAAUGAAUGGAUCAUCCGCAGGAAGACCUUUGUGACACUGGGGGUGGCUGUGGCAGGCUUCCUGCUGGGCAUCCCACUCACCACACAGGCGGGCAUCUACUGGCUGCUGCUGAUGGACAACUAUGCUGCCAGCUUCUCCCUGGUCGUCAUCUCUUGCAUCAUGUGUGUUGCCAUCAUGUACAUCUACGGGCACCGCAACUACUUUAAGGACAUUGAGAUGAUGCUGGGCUUCCCACCGCCACUCUUCUUCCAGAUCUGCUGGCGCUUCAUCUCACCUGCCAUCAUCUUUUUCAUCCUGGUCUUCACAGUGAUCCAGUACCGACCCAUCUCCUACAACGAGUACGUCUAUCCUACCUGGGCCAUCAGCAUUGGUUUCCUCAUGGCUCUUUCUUCGGUCAUCUGCAUCCCCAUCUAUGCCAUCUACAAAGUGUGCCACUCCGAGGGGGACACGCUACUGGAGCGCUUGAAAAAUGCAACCAAGGCAAGCAAGGACUGGGGCCCGGCGCUGGCAGAGCACCGCAGCGGGCGCUACGCCCCGGCAUUCAGCCCCUCCACCGAGUCCCACCUGGAGGUGCAGCCCCUGCACCCGGAGAAAGCACGGAACGAGGCUGCGGCUGCGUCCCCCGCGCAGGGCAGCAACGGCUCGGCUCACAGCCAGGACUCCAGACUGUGACCCCCCGCCGUCCCCACACCCCCUCUAACCCCUCCCGCGCGGUGACACUUUCGCACCUUCCGCUGGCGGAGCCUGGCUCCAGGCCGCACCGGAUGGCGGGGGGCUCUCAGCGACCGUCCCCGAGACCCCCGACCUCCUCUCCGGUUAACCCCCUCCCCUCCGUGGCGUUUGUUAACCCCCAUGUUUACGGUAACCUUCAUGUGCGAUGCUGGGACGAGAGAGGAGAGGGCACAGCCCCGGGAGGGCCGGGAGCCAGAGGCACUUUGCAGGGGACCGGCACCCUCAGGCCAUGCAGGUGGAGAGGGCACCGGGUGGGAAUGGGGACACUGUGGGGGCACUGUACGUGGGACAGGACACAAAUCUUCUGGGCUUGGUCCCACAGGGCCAUGGUGGCAUGGGGUGAUGCGGCAGGGACCCCCCAGCAGUGCAUGGAGCACAGGGGGGAACGAGGCGAGCACGCUGCCUGCACCAGCAGCACACGGUACAAGCACUUAGGCACGCGUGCGUGUGGGUGAGCACAUACCCCACGCACAUGGGCACGCACACUCAGUACCUGCAGCUGUGCAGGAGGCACACUGCAUUGCACACACGGGGUGAGCACAACCCCGCCCAUGCGGCACACCCCGUGCUGGGGGCUGCGGGUGUCCCAGCAAAGCUGGGUGCAGCCAUGGGAAGCGUGGGUGCCUGGUGGCCCCGCUGCCUGGCACGGGCUGGGGACCUUCCAUGGUGCUAAGGGGGAGCAGGGUGCACUGGCCCUCAGCUGCUGCUAGCAAGAGGUACCAGGGGAGGUGUGGAAGGCUGAGCCAGCCCGCUCGCUCCGAGCCAUCUUUUGGGUACGUUUUGUCCCCAACCAGUAUUAGUGGAGCAGGAUGCGCUGGGAAGGCCAGGCGAUAUUCAAUCUGUCUUCCAACUACAGCCAACGUGCUGUAGCUCUCGGUUUGGGGAAGGAUGGGACCCUUCCCACCCCAGCCGCUCCCCUGCCAGCCAGCGCCGUGCUCCCUGUGCCCUGAGACUCACACAGGGAUGCAGCACGGUGGGGAUAUGGCAAGGGGCAGCAGGGCACUGAGCCCCGGCAAGGAUGUUCCAGCUCCCGUGGCCCCGUCCCGAGCCCCCCCGUCAGCUGCGGCGGAGAGGCGCGGUUUCCUGCAUGGUGCCCAUGCCCUGCCCCACGUGUCACGACGCUACUGUUCACCUCUAAUUGUUAGCAAUAACGCGCGCGUCCCUGGGUAGCGCUGCCUGUGCCAGUGUCUCUCCCGGUGUAGACUUCUAAAGUAUCCUAGAUUUUAAUGAGAUUUAUAUUCCUG